AAAAUAGAGAUACUCAAAAUGUCAGCUACCAAUAAGACUAGUAUACAUCCCACAAGCUUCUUCCUCCUUGGCAUUCCAGGUCUGGAAGCUGCCCACAUUUGGAUCUCCAUCCCUUUUUGCCUGGUGUAUAUGAUGGCUGUUCUGGGAAACAGUGCCCUUCUAUUCAUCAUCAAAUCUGACCAUAGUCUACAUGAGCCCAUGUACCUCUUCCUCGCCAUGCUCUCGGUGGCAGACUUGAUUCUGACCACCACUACACUACCCAAGAUUCUCAGUCUCUUCUGGUUCAAUGAUAGUGAAAUAAAAUUUGAAGCUUGUCUUAUACAAAUGUACUUUAUUCAUUCACUGUCCACCAUGGAGUCUGGAUUCAUCUUGGCCAUGGCUUUUGACCGUUAUGUGGCUAUCUGCAAUCCCCUUAGACAUUCAACUGUUCUGACUCAUACAGUUAUUGGAAGUUUAGGUCUGGCCAUUGUAUUCCGUGGAGCUAUAUUGCUCAGUCCUCAUCCAUUUUUACUGCGGUGGCUUCCCUACUGUAGGACAACUAUCAUCUCGCACACAUAUUGUGAAUUCAUGGCCCUGAUCAAGCUGGUCUGUGCCCCAACCAGGAUUCAAAAAGCCUAUAGCUUAAUUAUUGCCUUCCUUACCGGUGGUAUGGACUUUAUAUUGAUCAUGUGUUCUUAUGUCCUUAUUCUGCGUGUUGUAUUUAGCUUGCCUUCUAAGGAGGCUAAACUUAAGACCUUGGGCACUUGUGGGUCCCAUGUGUGGGUAAUUAUGGCUUUCUACACUCCUGCCUUCUUCUCCUUCCUUACACAUAGGUUUGGACAGCACAUUGCUCCCCAUGUCCACAUUUUUGUGGCCAAUAUCUACCUUCUUAUCCCACCCAUGGUGAACCCCAUCAUCUAUGGAAUGAAAACAAAGCAUAUCCGAGAGAGAUUUCUCAAAAUAUUUUUAGUGAAAAAUAUCUAA